AUGAUAACAAUUGCUCUUGACAGAGAAAGAAAGACGUUACUUGCGACUGUGAGAGGUGAUUGGGAAGCUGCAAAUAGAAUUUUUAAAGAUGAUCCUGAUGCAGUAACUGCUAAGAUUUCAGGCAUUGAAGAGAUUGCUCUUCAUGUUGCAAUUAGCAAAGGUCGCACGUCCCUAGUAUUCAUACAGAAACUUGUAUAUUUAAUGACUGGAAAUUCCUUGGAAGCGACCGUAAAUGUUUAUGGUGAAACACCUCUCCAUUAUGCUGCUAUUGCUGGAAAUAUUCCAGUAAUAAAAAUCUUGGUGACAACGAAUCGAGCGCUGCUGCAGAAAGAAAACUCAUAUGGCCUUAACCCACUUCACUAUGCUGCCCAAAAUUGCCACAAGGAAGCAGUUUCCUUUCUUUUGUCAGAAACAGAUUACCACCAGGAUCCAAGUCCAUUCACAGGCGAGAAGGGAGCCACACUUGUCAAUCUUUUUAUAAUUGCCGAUUUCUAUGAUGAGGCUCUUCAUCUACUACGGAGGUAUCCCAAUUUAGCUAUUCAAAAAGAUAACAAAGGGAAAACUGCCUUAGAGACGUUGGCCAAAAAGCCUCAUGCAUUCCCAAGUGGAAGCAAGCUUGGGUUUUGUGAACGCUUAAUAUAUCGAUUUGCUUCUGUAAAUGCAGAUGAUGUCCCUCGAGGUGGAGAUUUGGAGAGUACAGUUGACAGUUCAAAAGAAAACCAAAAAGAAUCAAAGAAAUUUGGGUUUCUACAUAACAUAAAGAAUACAAAUAUGAAGCAUAAUCAAGCGCUACACCUACUCAGACUCUUGAUUACAGAAGCUUUAAAGGCAAGACCCUCAGAAACUCGCAUGCUACUGAAAAAACCACUACAAAUUUCUGCUAGAUUGGGGAUUUAUGAAAUGGUUGUAGAGAUUAUUAAGGCCUACCCUCGAUCAGAUUGGGUUGUUGAUCGUGAUGGAAACAACAUUUUUAAUUUGGCAAUAGUUCACCGCCAGGAGUUUUUUUUCUCCCUCCUAAAGAGACCGAGUCCGCAUACUAUGCAUCUUGUUACCGCAUCAACAGACAAGAACGGGGAUAACAUAUUGCAUCUAGCUGCGAGGCUGGGACCAUCAAAUGAGACUCUUGGCGCUGCUCUGCAAAUGCAUUCAGAGAUGAAAUGGUUUAAGGAUGUGGAAAAUGUUGUCCAACCAAUAUACCGAGAAAUGAUAAACCAUGAAGGGUGGACUCCGAGAGAAAUAUUUAGUAAGCAGCACAAGACUCUUGGGAUGAAGGAUAUAGCUACAUCAUGCAUGGUCGUAGCUACACUUGUUAUAACAGUUGUUUUUACGGCUGCUUUUACUGUGCCAGGGGGCAACACACAGGAUCGAGGAAUCCCAAUCCUUUUAAAAGGAACUUCAUUUGUGAUUUUUGCUUUUUCAGACGCUCUGGCAUUCUUCUCUUCAUCCACUUCAUUGCUAAUGUUUCUCUGCAUAUUCACUUCAGAGUAUUCAGAAGAAAAUGCUGUCAAAUCUUUCAAAAUGUUGACCUUCGGUUUUAUCUCUCUUUUCUUUUCAAUAGUAAGUAUGGUUGCAGCGUUUGGUGCUUCCCUCCAUAUAGUCGUUUCUCACCGAGUGGAAUGGAUUGCAGCACCCAUCGGCUUACUAGCCUGCGAACCAGUAACCUUAUUCGCAUAUUUUCAGUUUCCUCUAUGGUUCAGAGUAGCCUAUUCAGCAUUUAAACCUAGCAUUAUCCCUCAAGAAUACCGAGGAAAUGAUCUUGACGUCAUCGCAUAGAUUCCAUGAGUGAUGUUCUCCCCAAAUAACGUUUUUAUCUUAUAUUUCUUUUCUCUUACCAAUAUCUAUGCAACAUUGUUGGCUUUAUAUUUGUGUGGGAUUUGCAGGACGUGCAACAUUGUUUAUGUAUUUAUAUGAUGAUACAUGUUGUGGUUC